AUGAUUAUCAAAAAUAUUGUUCAAAUCGGACUUCUUGCACAGCAAGCUUUGGCCGGUGCCAACUCUCACAGCAAAGCUGUAUCAAUGAACAAAGAUUUUUCGUUGCCAGACCUGGUUUUGGCCGAAAAACUGCCUAACACGUUCAUUUCUGGAGGACAGACAGUGUUUGAAGAAGGGAGAAUAGUUCUGACUCCAAAAGCGUCUUCCAAAGGAUCUCUUUGGUCGCAGAAAGAAUAUGCUUUGACAGAUGCUUUCACUGCAGAAUGGACAGUGAGAAGUGUUAAACAUAAAGGGAAAUCAGUAGGCGGGCUGGCUAUGUGGUUUAUCAGUGGAAAGGAAAACGACGACCUCAAACUUCACAGUGGGCCCUCCCAGUUCGACGGUUUGCAGUUGUUGGUAGAUAACAACGGAGAAUUGGGUAGCACCCUUCGUGCACACUUAAAUGAUGGCACCAAACAGCUUUCAAGCAGCAAUAUAUACGACGAAACGUUUGGCUCCUGUUUGCUGGCGUACCAGGACUCUACAGUACCGCUCACCAUUAGACUGACGUACUCGAGUGGCCAAAAUCCUCUGCUCAAGGUCCAAGUCGACAACAGAGUCUGUUUCCAGACCAGAAAGGUUGAGUUGCCAAUUCAAAACUAUAAGAUCGGUAUCACUGCUGACAAUGCUGAUAACGAAGAGUCCUUCGAGCUUCUGCAGCUUGAGGUUUACGACGGGAUUACCGAGGAGUCGAUGAUCCCCAACGCAAAUAUCAUGGAGCAGCCUAAGCUUCUCACCAAGGUCAUCAAUAAGAAGACCGGGGAAGAAGAGCUGGUCGAAAAAACCGCACUUGAAAUGAACGGAGGCGCGGAUUCCAUCUCCAAUUUCGAUCUGUUGAAGAAGAUGAACAGAUUGGAAGGCAAAAUUUUGGCUAAUGACAUUGCUUCUCUCUCAAGUGCAAUUGAAGAGUUAGUUCAAAUACAAACUGUGCAAUCUAGAAAACUGGAGAAAGUGAUCACCCUGCUGACGUCUCGUAGGACUAAUUCUGGAAAGGACGGUGAAGACGGGACAGUCAUAGACGAAAGUUUCAAGGACUUUUUCAAAAUGGACGAAAAACUAGAACAAUUGCUUUUGGAGCAGCAGAAAAUCCGCGAAGUCUCCAAGCAAAACGCUUUUGGCGCCAGCGGUGGCCCUCACAUUGAUGAAAUUGUGCGGAAGUUGUCGAUUUGGCUAAUACCGCUGGUGGCAUUAAUGAUGAUAAUGGCUUAUUACACCUUCAGAAUCCGUCAGGAAAUCGUGAAGACCAAGCUAUUGUGA